UGAACUUGUCCCUGAACUAAAAUCAGUCAUUCAAAACAGCAAUCUCAUUUGUCCAAGCGCAUCUUCCCAGUGGAACACCAUAAAUGCACUUACAGUACUUAAAACAGUAAUUAGACCAUUUCAGGUUGCAUGACCUGCCUCGCUCUUGCCUAAAUUUGCCUUGGCAGGAAUUUGCCUCCAUAUUUUAAAGGGUUGAUGUCUGAGGGUGAGCUUGGGCACCAUGGUAAGCUUGCUCUAUUGUGACUUUUGAAACAUGGAAAUGCCUUUUCCGCAUGCGAGGGUAAAGCUGCGUACAUCUGACCCUCCCCAAACCCCGCAAUGGUGGGAGCCUUGUGCAUUGGACCGCCCUUUUUUUCAUUUUAAAGGGUUGAUGCCAAGCUGACAACUAGGUAUAGAGUUUGUUCAAUCUUUCACUAGGGCCUUCUCAACUUAGAGUUCUUCUCUAAUCUAUUUGAAAAAAAAGCUCAGAUGUUGAUGAUGCUGAUUAUGAAGCAAUUGAUAAAAAUGAAAGCAAUCUAUCAUAAUAAAGCUUCUUUUAGUAGAUAGUUGUGACCCGCCACAGUCAUAAUUGGUUUUCUAAUAUUUUUGUUUUUCCAUGAAUUUGAAUUUAAUCAUAUCUGAAGGGAGGAAUGCUGUCAAUGCUGACUGUAGGUAGAUUUCUUGCAUCCCAUUUCUCAUUUAGACUUUGAUUUUGUACAAAAUUCUACUGCUCUUUGGAAGCCCCCUUGUUUAUGCUCUUUUGGAGUUACUGUUCUGGCUUUUCCUUAAUCACGCACCUUGAUUUUCUUUCUUUUGCAUUUUCUCUAUAGAAUUAUUUCUUAAACAUGUUUUUGAGCUGAACCAUUUUUUGUUAGAUAUGUGCUUUAGGCCAUUGGAUGUGAUUUUAUUUAUCUUCUUCAGUACUUUUAUAUGGACAUCUCAUGGUUUUUAUUGUUGGCAAUAAGCCUGAUGCUGGACUUGAACAAAUUAGGGGAUAUCUGUAUAUUUCUCUUUUUUUGCUUUUGCCUAUUACUCUAGUUGAUUGGUUGGAUAUUGUCCAGUACUUUAUGAAUCCAAAAGUUCCAAAGGAACCCAUGCCAUCACAGUUGGAGCUGAUAGCAAAAGACAUUCUUGUACCUUUACAAGCAACAUUCCGUCACUUUGUUGAUAAGGCUUUAUCGCUUCAAGAUAGGAUACAAGUAGAAUUUGAACAAAUCCUUCUUAUCAUAUGCAAGUGCAUGUAUUUUGCUGUGAGGUCAUAUAUGCCAUCUGCAUUGAGCCCACUUUUGCCUUCUUUUUGCUACGACUUGUUCCGAAUACUGGAUUCAUUGAGUUUAGAUCGUACUUCUUCCAAAGAUGGAUCGAUGCUGAGGCUGAAGACUGCAAAAAGAAGCUUAAUCAUUUUUUGCACUUUGGUCACUCGCCAUCGGAAGCAUACUGACAAGCUGAUGCCGAGCAUCAUUAAUUGUGCUUUCAAACUAGCCAAGCAGAGCACUUGCAUUGCUAAGCUCGAUCCUCUGUCAGAGCGGAUUGUUUCAUUGGCAUUUGAUGUAAUUUCUCAUAUAUUAGAGACAGGCCCUGGAUGGAGAUUUGUAUCACCACAUUUUUCUUCCCUUUUGAAUUCAGCAAUCUUCCCUGUGUUAUCAUUGAAUCAGAAGGAUAUAGUGGAGUGGGAAGAAGAUACUGAUGAGUACAUUCGGAAGAAUCUCCCAUCUGAUCUUGAUGAAAUUUCAGGAUGGGCUGAGGACUUGUUUACAGCAAGAAAAAGUGCAAUUAAUUUACUUGGUGUUAUUGCAAUGUCAAAGGGUCCACCUACUGUCUCUUCAGUUUCAAAACGUAAGAAAGGUGACAAAAGUAAAGGAAGACAACAGAGAUCUGUUGGGGAAUUAUUGGUGAUACCAUUUUUAUCCAAGUUCCCCAUGCCUUCUGAUGGGGAAGAGACAUCAUCUAAGAUCUUGAGCGAUUAUUAUGGUGUUUUGAUGGCAUAUGGAGGUCUACAAGAUUUCUUAAGAGAGAUAAGUUCAGAAUAUACAACCACUUUGGUUCGCAAUCGAGUACUUCCAUUAUAUUCAUUGGGUCAAUGCUCUCCAUAUUUGAUUGCUACAGCAAACUGGGUAAUAGGAGAGCUUGCAUCCUGUCUUCCUCAGGCUAUGAAUGCAGACAUUUAUAGUUCAUUAAUGAAGACAUUAACCAUGCCAGACAUUGGCAAUAUUAAUUGUUAUCCUGUCCGUGCUUCUGCUGCUGGGGCCAUUGCAGAACUUCUUGAAAAUGAUUAUGUUCCGGCUGACUGGCUCACCCUCUUGCAAGUCUUGGUUAAUGGGUUGGGUAGUGAAGAUGAAAGCGAGGCUUCUCUUUUGUUUCAGCUUUUAGGAACUGUGGUUGAGGCUGGGCAACAGAAUGUGGCCACUCAUAUUCCUGUGAUUGUGUCCAGCAUUGCUGGUGCUAUUACAAAGCACCUACCUCCUAUCCCAGAGCCAUGGCCUCAGGUGGUUGAGCAGGGCUUUGCUGCAUUAGCAGUGAUGGCCCAAACUUGGCAGGAUUAUAUGCCAGACGAGACCAAGAAGCAACAAAAUCAGGAGUGGCAGUGUGGCCGGGCAGCGAUUGCUAGGACAUUUUCAAGUUUGUUGCAACAGGCUUGGCUCAUAUCUGUGAAGCCUAUGGAUUCAGCAAUAUGUAGUACGUUACCACCUCCAUCGUGCAUAGAUGAUGCUUCUGCAUUGCUUGGAUUUAUUAUGCAGUCUGUUAUUACAUUGGAAGAAGUUAAAGAAUUGAAAAUUACAGAGUUAUUAGCAGUAUGGUCUGAUCUGAUUGCGGAUUGGCAUGCUUGGGAAGAGAUUGAAGACUUGGCAAUUUUCAGUUCCAUCAGGGAAGCUGUCAAUUUACAUAGAAGAGUUGACUAUACGGAUUUUUUCAUGAGAAGGAUGUCAUCUCAUAUUUCUUCAGGUUCAACGCGCACCAUUAUUGAAGGCAUCUCUGCUUUUGUCACUGAGGCCAUUACAGCAUACCCAUCUGCAAUGUGGAGGGCUUGUUCAUGUGUGCAUGCAUUACUAAAUAUUCCACGGUUCUCAUUUGAGACAGGAACUGUCAAACAGUUGAUCACAGUUGCCUUCACACAGGCAGCAUUUUCUCGUUUUAAAGAUACGCAUAACAGGCCUGCUGGGCUUUGGAAGCCUCUGUUGUUGGCUAUUUCAUCAUGCUAUCUAUCUUAUCCUGAAAAAAUUAAGCAAAUUCUAGAGAAGGAGAAGGAUAAUGGUUUCUUGUUAUGGGCAUGUGGGUUGGCUCAUGUCUCGAGUAGCUCUUUUGAACCUUCUCUGUCAUCGGAGUCUGAGAUCAAGUUAGCUGUGAUAACGUUAGCAAAGGUGGUCGAGCAGCUUCUGGGGUCCCCUUCAGAUAGUGACAUUAAGAUAUAUCGGGAUUGCUUUGUGUCAUUGAUGGAGGCAUGCAUACAUCUGAAAGAGGUUGGACAGGAGGAUGAGGAGGAGGAGGAUGGUGCAGGAGACAUAGAGAAUGAAGCUUCAGAUGAAGAGAGCGAUGAUGAUGAGGAUUCUGAGGAGGAUGAGCGUGAAGAGACAGAAGAAGAAUUCUUGGAGAGAUACGCGAAAGCAGCUGAUGAGUUGAGUGAGAUGGUGGAAGAAGGAGAUGUAGAAUAUGAAGCACAGGAGCUUGAAUUGGGUUCCUUGGAUGAAGUUGACAUACAAAAGACAGUGCUUUCACUAGUACAGAAACACCGCCAAAUCCUCAUACAGGUGCAAGCAUUACCAUUGCCAUAUAGUGUGUUCCAAAGGGUCCUGAGCACGUUUCCAGAAUAUGGUCUGUUAUUCCAAGUCUCUUGAUGGGAACUGUUGCAUCAGAAUUUCUGACACAUUCAGAUAUUUGUGGUUAAAUCUUUUUGCCCCCUUCGCGAUUCCUUUGUUAUGUCACUGUACAUUGUUAAGGUUUCAAUACGCAUUGCCUAUUCAAAGUGCAAGUUACUUGUAUUCUUGAUUUGUAUAUUUUGUCUAUUGAUAUAUAUAUUUUUUGCUUUAUUCUUUAAUCGUAUUGACUUGUUAAGAUGUUAAAAGAGAAGCCCCUUGUUCACUUUUA